GCGUGGUUUGCGUGGUUUCCCCGUUGGGGAAGUCCGACGAUCCGCGGAAUCCCAACAUUUGAACAUUCAUUGCUUUCCUCUUCCACCGGUUCGGUCGACCGGUGUUCGUUUGGGAGGUCGAUUACUUCUGGUCUGGUCAUUCAGGGGGUCAAUCCGCUCUCCAAUUCCCCCAAUCCCCCCAAGUCCAGUCAGUCCCAAGAACCUCUCCCUCUCACCGGAGAUCCGAUAUCUGUCACUCCCAUCUGCAUACUGCAUGUGAGGAAUAUGUCCACUCGCCAGCGUCGCCCCACUCCAGGCCAUGAGAAGAACCCGGGUGCCAGUCAGCCGGCUACGGUGGCAGCGGCUGUGCUGGAGCAGCCUUCCAAAGCCAUCAGGAAGCUUCUUCACUGGGACGACCUCCCCCAUUGGCAGCGCGACAACCAGCACAUCCACACCGGGUACCGGCCGGCGUCGGCCUCGCUCCUAGUCUCCCUGCAGUCCCUGACCUACCUGCACAAUGAAACGGUGAACAUCUACACGCAUCUGCUGCCCUCCCUGCUGGCCGUCCCGGCGGCAGGGCUGCUCUAUCGGGCACUAGCCCCGCGAUAUGAGAACGCGACCCAGGCGGAUCUGGUUGCCUUUGGCUGCUUCUUCGCCGGGGCGGCCUUCUGCCUGGGCAUGUCGGCCACCUACCAUACCAUCUCCAACCAUUCCCCCGUGGUGGCCCGCGUCGGCAACGCGUUCGACUACGUUGGGAUCGUAGGGCUUAUCGUGGGCAGCUUUGUGCCUAGCGUCUACUUUGGAUUCUACUGCCUGCCCGAUCUGCAACGGUUGUAUUGGACGAUGAUCUGCACCAUUGGUCUUGGCUGCACCCUGGUUUCGAUCUUCCCUCAUUUCCGGACUCCUCGGUGGCGGCCAUUCCGUGCCGCGAUGUUUGUCGGCAUGGGUCUGUCAGCGGUGUUCCCCGUGAUCCACGGCUUACGCCUGUACGGCCUGGAGCAGAUGACCCGCCAAAUCGGGCUCGGCUGGCUUCUCCUUCAAGGUUUUCUGUACAUCUUGGGGGCCUCGAUUUAUGCGGCCCGCCUCCCCGAGCGGCUUCGACCAGGCCAGUUCGAUCUUUGGGGGAGCUCGCACCAGAUCUUUCAUGUGCUGGUGGUCUGCGCAGCCGUGGCUCAUCUGACCGGGCUGCUUAAGGCGUUUGAUUACAGACACAGCGGGAUUGCAGCUGGCUGUCUCGGGGGCGCGCAGUGAUUCGCUAGAGCGAGGGGGUUGAGAUCGCACAGGCGAGACGUCCGGGGGUGGGUCCCCGUCUUCCCAGCACUACAUGUAGCCAGAAUCCAACGUUUACAGUACUAGAGAUGACAGGAUGAUGAUGCUGACGCCUCCCGGCUGAUACGAGACAUGUCUAACCCUCGAUUCCACAUGCUGACCGUCGCAACAUGGGAGGGAAGCGGCUGGCGGAUGGAU